CCGCAUAAAAAGCCCUCGUAGGGGACGGGGAGCAGGCAGCAUCGUGAGAAGGGCCCAGACCAGCGCUGUCAGAGCCGCAGGAGUGGGGACAUGGAGCAGUACCUCUCGGCCACCCAGAAGAUGGAGCAGGAGGUGAUGUUCCCCAGCCUGCUCCGGGGGGUCUUCCCACAGCAGGAGGGGGCAGCCCCGGCUGCAGGUAGCCACACGGACCUCUACGAGCGCUACCAGCUCCUCAAGGCCAUCAAGCCCAUGGUAGAGAAAGGCCUGGCCUCUGUCACCGACCAGAGCCUGACCAGUGACAACGCUGGCACUGAUACAUCCUCGGAGGACAAUGACACCAUGGACGCCCAGCUGGAGGAACGCCUGUCCCACCACCUGGCUGGCUUGCAGCAGGUCCUCACCCACCUCACCAGGGACACCAAUGCCCUCACGAGGAGGUACAGCCAGAUCCUGGAGCAGAUCAGCCCCAGCGAGGGACAGCCCAGCUGGUGACCGUGUCCCAGCCACCAGGAUGGGUGCUGGUGGCACAAAGGAGAGGACGGCCUCAUCGCUGACCAUCGUGGGCUCCUCCACAGCCCUGCUCGCCCACCUCACGCCGCAGCAGCUGAUCUCCCAGCUCUGGCACUGAACACCAGCAAUGGUUGCGACCACCCUUAUCCUCAUAGGAAGAAGCAUCUGGUCGUGCUGGGAGGACCAUCAGAAGAGCUGCACACCUCUUGCCCUCCUCUUUAUUUUCAAAGAGCGGCACAAAAGCGGUAGAUUUGCACGAUGGCCCUGACCUCUGAGGGUCCCCUGUGACUGCUGAGCCCUUUUCCAGCUGGUACCUGGACUCUGAGGGGCGUUUUCCCCCCACUUUGCUAAUAAAAUAAGCCCUGAGAA